AACCAAAAAAAAAAAACAAUGUUUGAUGGUGUAAAAGGGUUUCAACAAGUGGGGCCGGAGAUCGGAUGAAUCGGGUUGAAAGUGUGCGAGCGUGGGCCAAUUAUGAAGAGCGUGAGGAUAGAUAUGGUGUUUAGGUUCCAAAGCCGUAGAUAAUAAAUCCGUUGAUGGCAACAUCUGCUAGGAAAAAGAUUGGGCAAAGAGAUAUAGCAGAAGGAUUUGGAGGAUGAUGUUGAUGAUUCAGAAAGGUAAACAAAAAAAAAGAAGAAGGAAAUAAACAAAGAAGGAAAAAUAAAAAGAAACAAAUAAAAUAAAUGAAUGGAUGGAUGAAUAAAGAAGGAAAGAAAAACCAUUGUAGAGAAAAGAAGAUUUUAAUUCUAGUUUGUAAUUGAAAGAAGGAGGAGAUUGUAUAGAAUGGGUUUGGAAUGGUUUAUUGAAAGGAGAAAAAAAAGGAAUUGGUUUUGGUUUGGUUUAGUUUAACUCGAGAGGAAAAUGGAAUUUCAAAAAGACCGGCUGUGUACACUAGGUAAGCUAAGAAUAGCAAUGUCAUACUGUAUGUUAGUAGGAGUAGGUAGAGGAAAGGAUGAAUGGUAUAUGUAUGAAAGGGAAUUGGCUCUUUUCGCAUUCGCAGUCUCUUUUACUUUCAAUUUCAAUUUCAAUUUCAAUUUCAUCUCAUUUCAUUUCCUGACUGAUCUUUAGGAUUGCUGUUUUUGGUUUACUCUUUAUACUUUUUAUACAAAUUUCAAUUUCUUUGUCUCAAUUUCUACAACAAAAAAGAACCUCUCUGGUUGGUUUUCAUUUCAAGUUUCUUUUAUUCUCAUCUUCUCUUAUUUAAUAGUUUGUAUUUGUAUGGGAGGAGAAAUUCCCUCCAGAUAUUAUCAACCAGUAUGAAAGAGCGUUUCCUAUUUCUUUCUUUUUUUUUUCCCUUGGCUAUCGUUAAAUGUUUGAAAUAGGAGAAACGAAUCAUAAUGCCCUUGCUCCACUCCACACUCUCUCCUAUAUACAUACAUACACACACAUACACACACACUCUACCUAUGUACGUUGGAUGUAACUGAGCAGAAUCGAUACGACUACCAACCACCCCAGGCACAUAAAAAUAAAGCAUUGCAUUGUCUGUAGCUAUGUAUAAAUGAUGAAGAUGAUGAAUGAAUGAAGUAAUAAAAAGAGACUCGAAAGAGUCUGCAAAUAAAAAAAAAUAGGAAUUGCUCUUUCUUUUUUUUUCUUUUUUUAUUUGCAGACUCUUUCGAGUCUCUUUUUAUUCUCACUGUUCCUAACUGCUUUCUCUCUUCCUUGUAAUGCUCACACCAAAAACAACGUUUAUGACUUGAUGCAGUCAAUGCAACGUCUCUAUGAUUUCAUUGUUGGAAACCCUUUUCGUUUCAAACGAGUUUGUAACCGAGACACAUACUUACUCUAAAAAGUCUGGGGUUUUAAUCAAAAAUUGUAUUUCCCCAUUCAAUUUUUUAAUUUCCAAUCUCAAUUUCAAAUUUCAAAAAAAAAACAAAAUUCUUCACUACUACACUCAUCCAUCCACUCCACUCCCCUCCAGUUCAUUCUGUAUUCUUGGUCUUUCUCUGCUCCUACUCACCUCUCACUGUUCUUACUCUCUCUCUCUCUUUUCUUACGCUCUGCGUCGUUCUUUCGUUGCAUCUCCUGCUCUCCUCUUUUGUGAUGCUUCCUUUUCCCAUCAACUCCGAAACCUCUGGUUUUUUUUUAGAUGAAAAGCCAUCAUCUCAGUGGGGGAUCUCACCCAAUCAUAAAACCAUCAAACCAUCAAACCAUCACUAAUUUUGUUUUCUAUCUUUUUGUUUUUGUUUCUGUUUUUUAUUUUUAUUUUUGAUGAUAUUACUUGAAUAAUAUUGUUUUUUCCCUAC